UCAUCUUUCUUAUUAUAUUUCAUAUGGUUCAUAUAAAAGCUGAUGACAUAAACGAGGAACUUCAACUAUUGUCUAGAACUGACGCAUACUCCAUAAAUUUAUUUAAAAAUAUUGCAGGUACUAACUUUACAGAAAAUGUUCUCGUCUCGCCUAUAAUUGCUUUCGAAGCUGUAGUUAUGUAUGGAACCUCGGAAAAAAAGAAUAAAUAUGCAUACAUGGACACCGCCCAAUCUAGUAAUAACAAUAUCGAUCAACAAAGUCUCCAAAAUCUCAUAUAUAGGCUCAAUAACGCCCAAAAUGUUAAAUUGCAAAUUGUCAAUAAUAUAUGUAUAGACAAUAAAAUUCCAUUAAAACCCGAGUUAAAAGAGUUGACAAAUAGUUUAUCUUAUUUUAAAAUAUGUGAACUCGAUCUUGCCGAACCCGGUAAUACUGCAACUGCGAUAAACAAUUGGGUGGAUCAAAAAACAAAUAAUUUAAUCAAAGAGAUUAUUCAAUCAGAUGACAUCACUAGUGACGUACACAUGAUCGUUCUCAAUGCCGUAUAUUUUCAAGCAUUUUUGAAAAAUCAAUUUAAAAAUCGCUCAAUUAGAUACAGAGCUUUUUACUUGAGUAAUAAUAAUAAGAAAUUCAUACCCACAAUGAGCAAUAUUGACAGUUACGUUUAUGGCAAUCUGCCAGACCUAAAAGCCAAAUUCAUUGAGCUCCCAUAUGACAAUUGCAAACUGAAGAUGACCAUCAUCAUACCAAAUGAAAUUGAAGGUUUAAAAGACAUUGUAGCAAAUUUGGAGUACUUUAAUCAAACUCGGCUAGCUAGUUCCGGUACACGUCAAAACGUUUACGUGAUGCUACCAAAAUUUAAAAUUGAUACCACAGUCAAUGUUAAAUCAGCUUUUGAAAAUUUGGGCCUGACAAAUAUGCUGAAAGCUAAAAAAAGUAUAUCUACCACUACAAAUGAGGCACUCUUUAUGGAUAAGAUCAUUCAAAAGAUAGUAAUUCACGUUAAUGAAGAAGAAUUUAAUAAUAUAAAUAUCUCAAAUGUUCAAUCGGACACGUUGAAACAAAUCGAAACUAUUGUAGCAGUCAACAGGCCUUUCGUACUCACAAUAAUCGACGAUGAAACGAAAAUGACUCUCUUUAUUGGUCUAAUUUCUAAUCCUGUUUACUAGUGUAUAUAAAAUAUUUAAUUCUACUAAAAUUAUUAAUAUAUGUAUA